CUUCUUCUCAACAAUCUCUAUCGAAAUCCAGCAACGAAAAUGGGGUUUCUGAAGGAUAACGGCGUCGUUUACAAACCUGUCAAUGAAAUCGAUCUCAGCCCUCACAGCGAUGAAGUCUACCUCUAUGCCGACGUCAAAGCUCCUCGAAUGGCUGGAACUGUUGCGAGGAUAUUCGUUUGGUUUCUGGAGAUGAAGAUCAUCGGCGAUGUAUUGCUGUAUUUCCUGAAGAAGAACAAUCGAAUUCAGAAGCUUGUUUCAUUUGCAGUAUUGGAUGAAUCACCUUUAUAUGUUCCUUUGCAGCCUUAUGAAGAUGUUAAACAACGUGAAGAAUCAAAAUGCAUAGACUCAGGUUUGACUCCAGCAGAACAAGUUCAACAAGCCAAGGAAUGUUUACAGUUUUUAGACAAAAAUUUGGAUGAAAGUUUUCAUCGUUGGACAAUAAUGGAUUAUUCAAGAGCAUAUAAAUCGCAAAAAAUAACCCCUCUCAUGGUUGCAGAGCGGUUGGUAUCUGCAGUCAUGCAAUCUUCCGCUCCAGGGACGGAUAUGUCAUUUUUCAUUAAUUAUGAAUCUCGUGAUAUUCUAAAGCAAGCUACCGAGUCAACUCUUCGGUAUGAGAGAGGUGAACCGAUUUCAAUACUAGAUGGAGUCCCAAUUGCUAUUAAAGAUGAAAUAGAUUGUAUGCCAUAUCCAACAACAGGGGGUUCAAAGUGGUUGCAUAAGGUAAGACCUUGCAAAGAAGAUGCUUGUUGUGUUAAGCGACUCAGAUCAUGUGGUGCCAUUCUUGUGGGAAAAACAAAUAUGCAUGAGCUUGGGGCAGGAACCAGUGGAAUCAACCCUCAUUAUGGGACAACCCGGAAUCCAUAUGAUCCGAACAGAAUCUCUGGUGGUUCAUCUAGUGGAUCUGCUGCUGUUGUUUGUGCAGGGCUAUGCCCUGUAGCCCUUGGUGUUGAUGGGGGAGGAUCGGUGAGAAUGCCAGCUGCUCUCUGUGGUGUUGUUGGUUUAAAACCAUCUUUUGGUCGCAUAUCAUACUCUGGGGUUAUUCCUUGGAACUGGACAGUUGGAAUGGUUGGGAUACUAGCGGGCACAGUUGAGGAUUCGUUGAUCGUUUAUGCUGCGGUGAGCGGAGGAGCUGAAACACAACAACCAACUAUGAAUCAGCAGCCUAAACUAUAUAUCCCCUUGCUAAAGCCUUCUAAUCAAAUGUCUGGUAUCAAGCUUGCAAAAUCUAAAGAGUGGUUUAAUGAUUGCAGUGAUGACAUCAGAAUAUGCUGUUUAACUGCUCUGGAUAAUCUCUAUAAAUGCUACGGAUGGCAGACUGUGGAAGUGACCAUACCAGAUAUAGAGGCAAUGCGUUUGGCACAUUAUGUAACUAUAGGUUCAGAAUGUUCAGCUUCUUUUGCUCAUUAUUUGGAAAAAUUUGAUAAGUCAGAAUCUGGAUCCGAUGUAAGAGUAGCACUUUCUGUAUACGGAGCUUUCAGUAGUAGGGAUUACUUACAAGCACAACGCAUAAGGAAUCGUCAAAUGAAGAUUCAUGAAAAGAUAUUUGGUAUGGCUGAUGUCAUCGUUACACCUACAGUCGGCAUAACAGCAUAUGAAAUAAAGGAUGAUGUUAAGAAAACCGGUGAACUCGACUAUGUUAAUGGAGCUUCACUCAUUCGAUAUUCUAUAGCUGGAAACUUUCUAGGACUUCCAGCUGUCACUGUGCCGAUUGGAUAUGACAAACUUGGAUUGCCCAUUGGCAUUCAAUUUAUUGGAAAACAUUGGUCUGAAGAUAUGUUGAUACAGAUAGCCUAUGCAAUGGAGGCAUUGUGCAAGGCAGAAUAUAAAAAGCCAAAGGUUUACUAUGAUCUACUAACAGAGAUCUAACCACAUUUCAGAUUACCUAAUCACAGGAUUUUUAAAAAAUAGAUGAAUAAUAACAACAGAUAUUUCCUUCAGUUAUAGACACAUACUAGAAUGUCAAGGUUAAAAAUGCACUUCUUUACUUUCUUUUCAUGUUAUAGAAUUCGAACUUUGCAAAUAAAAAGUGAUUGAAAUUUAAUGAACGAGACUGAAACUGGAACCGAUGUCAAUGGACAAAAAUUGAAAUUUUUUACUCGCUCUCGAUUUCUCAUCUGUGCAAAAGACUUUAAUGCCCUCCACAUCCUCAUUAAUAAUAGCCCUACAAAAUUUGUCUAAGCUGCAUUUGUUAAUCAAACACAACCAGACAAACUUUCUAGGGCUAAAUGGCUUAAUAAUAACGAUGAGGAUGACGAGGGCAUUAACGUCUUUUGUACAUAUGAGCUAUCGAAAGCCCAUCAGGGUCCCACUUUUUUGGGUGUAACAAAAACAUUGCCAUUUUUAUCCCAUUGAGAUCAGUCUCAGUCCAAUGUAUGUCGAACACACUACAACCUAUUCAACCAUGUUCAUUCCUAGCUCUAAUAUAUGAAAAAGUAAAUUGCACAAAACAAGGACAUAUACACGUAUAUUUUUGUAUGCUUCAUGUUCUUGUAUCGAAUGUAAUACUAUAAUAUAUUAUAUUGUAGUGUAUGUAUCACCUUAAGAUAAUGUAAUAAAAUCUUGUAAAGAUUGAACCAAACUUGGAGGCCAAUGCUUUGUAUCUUUUACAUAUCCAAGAUCCGUAUAUUUUGGAUCAAGAAGAGUUGCUAUUGUGAACUGGUUUUCAGCAAGCACAGGUGCAUGCUUAUCAGAGUAUAAUGCUGCUGCUAGAGCCGCAUGUACUUCUGGACUUCCUUUUAAAGAAAUGGAAACAUCCUCCAUUUCUGCAAUUGCUUCGUUUUUGUCCCCAACUUCAUAUAAGGCUAAGGCUCUACCAACUCUUGCAUACUCUGAAAGAGCAAAGUCUUUGUAUUCUCUUACAACCUGUGUAAAGUAUUUGAGAGCUUGGACAUAAUCACCCUGGGCCUGAAAUUCCCUCCCUUUCUCAAGAAGCUCCACCGCUUCCGCCACUCUCCGGGAUACCUCCGAGCUCGCAGCUCUCUCGGCAUCCGUAACCGGAUCGAAAAUAGACGCUGCAACAGCUGAACCCGAACAGCAACUCAGCUGAAUCGUUGUGAUUGAAAUUGGAAUAGAAAGCAACAGUAAUUGUCUCCUUUGUAUUGUUAAUUGGGGCUUCGAAGAUGAGGAAACGAUGAUGAACAAGGGCUUCCUUUUGUUGACAGUGAUUAGGGUUUUGUUAGGGUUGGGAAGAAGAUGGGAAAUUGGUGGGCUACAAGCACCCAUUGAUCUACUUUUCUUGUUUUGAAGGCUUGACUGCUUGGUUUUUGUUAGGAGUUGCGAUAUAAGGACUAGUCCCUCCUUUUCCCUAAAUUAU